UCUCUCUGAUUUCCGGCCAUCUACCUGGGUGACCCGCAGAGUAGAGCCCGAGGCGGGGAGCUGCAGCUGGGGUCUCCGGUGACCGGGACCGCGGCGGCGGCCCCGCAGGCGGGAUGUUUCGGGAUUUCAGCGUUUGGUUGGGCUUGCAGCAGCCGGCGGCAGGCGGUGGGCAGUCCGAGGGAGAAUGGCAAGCCAAGCAAGACGCUCCAGCCGAGCAGCAAUCCGAGACGGUGGCGGAGCCCGCGGAGGAGGAGCGGGAGGAAGCGGGGGACCGGCAGCUCCUCCACCAGGCCAAAGGCCUGGGCAGAAAGCUGACUCUGUGGUUUGGCUUUGUGAAGGUGAAAACAAUUAUAGGAGAUUUUCAGAAGGAACAGAAAAAAUUUGUUGAGGAGCAGCAUACAAAGAAGUCAGAAGCAGCUGUGCCCCCAUGGAUUGACAGUAAUGAUGAAGAAACAAUUCAACAACAAAUCUUGGCCUUAUCAGCUGACAAGAGGAAUUUCCUUCGUGACCCUCCGGCAGGCGUGCAGUUUAAUUUCGAGUUUGAUCAGAUGUACCCCGUUGCCCUGGUCAUGCUCCAAGAGGACGAGCUGCUGAGCAGGAUGAGAUUCUCCCUCGUUCCUAAACUCGUGAAGGAAGAAGUGUUCUGGAGGAACUACUUCUACCGUGUCUCCCUGAUUAAGCAGUCGGCCCAGCUCACCGCCCUGGCCGCCCAGCAGCAGGCGGCAGAAAGGGAGGAGAAAGGCAACAGCAGACAGGAGGACUCGCCUCUCACAGAGGCAGUACGGCCCAAAACACCACCCGUUGUAAUCAAAUCUCAGCUUAAAACUCAAGAGGAUGAGGAAGAAAUUUCUACUAGCCCAGGUGUUUCUGAGUUUGUCAGUGAUGCCUUUGAUGCCUGUAACCUAAAUCAGGAAGAUCUGAGGAAAGAAAUGGAACAACUAGUGCUUGACAAAAAGCAAGAGAAGACAGCUGUGCUGGAAGAGGAUUCUGCAGAUUGGGAAAAAGAACUACAACAGGAACUUCAGGAAUAUGAAGUGGUGACAGAAUCAGAGAAACGAGAUGAAAACUGGGAUAAGGAAAUAGAGAAAAUGCUUCAAGAAGAAAAUUAGCUGUUUCCUGAAAUAAAAGAAUAAUUCUUAACCUUCUGCAAACUGACAUUAAAUUCUAGAUGUCGACACUUACUGAAUCAAGAAGGCACAAAAGAUUAUAACUUUAUGAAGUUCAAAAUUAUUCUUUCUUUAAGCUGAAACUUGCCUCUUCUACUUUAAAAAAGUAUGUAGAACAGUUCAAAUAAUCAAAAAGGGAUGUUUUAUGUAACAUUUCUUUAAUAUAAAUCAAGUUAGAGAUGUUCUUGUAGGCGGUAUGGAUAUCUUUGCCACAAAAACACAAGUAAAAUUUUAGAGUUCUGUUUUCCGUGAGGUCAGAAAUAUAAUCUAUUCUUCAGCUGUGGUUUUCUAAAUAUUUGUACUCCUAAUUGCAUUUUCCUUUAUACAUGGACAUUCAAGUACUUACCUAAUGGGUUAAUUACUAUCAAAAUGACCAAAUUAUACCAAAGAACUUAAUAGGAAGCACUUUUAGAACUAUUUUCUUGCUAGAUAUUUUCUAAAAUUCCAUCUGAAAGCCAAUAGAUAAAAUAAUUAAGUUGAUUUUAAUGAUA